UCCACCGCCGGUGUAUUACAUACUUCUAGAAGAUCACAACAUGCUGGAGACAAUCUUCUGCUGUUUGCUGAACACUAUAUUUCUUGGCACUUUCAACUUGUACAAUGGAUUGGCUCAAGGUCCAGGCCAGUGGUCGGUGAAGGAGGUGGGCUCGUGCGACGUCCAGUACCCGAGCAACCUAUACCUCUCGCAGGCGACCGUCAACACCACCGCGGACCAGUACGAUGGGGUCAUGAAUCUGCCGUAUGGAAUCGACAAUACGUUCUCUAUGACGCUGUACUACACGAAGCUGGAUGCUGACCGACCUGACACCAGGGCGCUGAGUCAGUCCUUCGGCCAGUUCCUGUACCGGUUCACCGUGAACACCGACAGGGGUCAGUGCCGGCUCGCCGCCGAGACGCAUCCCUUCUACUUCCCAGUGCCUCGGAACAACUACAAGUUCGACGACUACGUGUACAAGUACCAGGACUACCACUUGCCCACCGUUGGGAUAUACGGGACCUACAAGGUGAACGCGUACCUGGUCCGCGGGCAGCAGAUCCACGGCUGUUCACUGCUCACUGUACAGUUUAAAUAAAGAGUUAUAAUAUUAUAAUCUACGAAUCCAUAAGCAUCUAUCCAUUCUAUAGAACAUUAUCAAUAUUGUAUCAGUCAUUAACUGUCAUAAGCCUUCCCCAUACACUGCCAUAAAGAACGGUCCUGAGCCACCUGUAUCCACUGACUACCUGCAAUGCAUUUGAGGUCGUCACUCCAUCUAGUGGUGGGUAUUUAUAUAUUUUUUAAUAGAAAUAUUAAGAAUUCAAAAGUACUUUACUCCUCUCCAUCCAAAGGUUGCUUGCAAGAGAUCGCUCAAGUAAGUCCGCCCAUUGUUCUCUCAUUGUGAUUAUUUCUUGUAAUUGUUUAUAUUUAUAACAAGUUUACUAUUGUAAUAUUUUUUGGUGGAAACAAUAAAGAGUAUCUAUCUGUAAUUUUAUAAGAAAUAAAUAUUUUAAUUCAAAUAAACUGAGAUGUAAUCAUUUUUAA